AAGGAAUCCUAACCCAGGUGUAUCAUACCAUAACAUUCACUUUCACCCCCCCUUUGCCGAACCUCCGCGAAAGCAAGCAAGUGAGCAAGAAACUUAACCCCGCCUCACCUACCACCACAACACAGAACGGUCCGCUAUCUAAAGGAGACACAACACAUAGCUAUGAAGUGGAGCUUUUGCUCAAUAUUCACUGCGCUAGCGCUCGUGCGCGAGGGAUUGGGGCAGAGUACUGCGGAUGAUGAUGUCAAGACAGUGCCGCUGAGAACUCAUAGUUUGUUUCAGCCGUACUUAGAUUCAGAAUUGCAGAGUCGGUGGUUUGAUUGGGGGGGUGAUACUAUUGUUCGGGCAGACCAAUACAUUCGCCUAACUUCAGAUAGACAGCAGCAGGCCGGAUGGCUAUGGUCAAGGUUGCCGCUCACGGCAACGAACUGGGAGAUCGAAGUGGAGUUCAAAAUUCAUGGACAAGGAAAUCUUUAUGGUGAUGGAAUGGCUUUGUGGAUUACUAAACAGAGGGCUAUGCAGGGUCCAGUGUUUGGAGCUGCAGACAAAUUCGAGGGUCUUGGAGUAUUUUUUGAUACUUAUAAGAACAAUCGCCCGGGGGUUGUCUUUCCGUAUGUUAUGGCUAUGCUUGGCGAUGGACAGACCGUGUACCAGCAUGGAAACGACGGGAAGGAGAACGAAUUGGCUGGGUGUUCGGCUAGGGGCAUUAGAGGCGCACCGAUUGCCACAAAAGCACGAUUAACCUACUUCCAGGAAAACUAUCUCCAACUCGACCUCCAAUACAAGAGCGAAGAUCAAUGGACACCCUGCUUCAAUGUUCCCAACGUCACACUCCCACAAAUAACCUACCUCGGCUUUACCGCGGAAACUGGCGAACUCAGUGACAAUCACGACAUCAUCACCGUGACCGCGAAGAACCUGUACCAGGUCCACACCGGCACUAGUGGCAGCAGUGGCAAACGCCCUGACAAGAUCGGUAAGGCGUGGAAGCCAAGCAAUGGGGGAGGUGACAGGAGCGAGUCUAGCGGUGGAUGGGGUUGGUUCUUUUUGAAGAUGAUCAUUUUCAUAGCUGUGAUUGUUGGUGGAUAUGUAGGGUACACGGCGUAUAGGGCGCAGAAUAGGGCUUCACGGUUUUAGAUGGGCUCUCUCUCUCCCUCCCUCCCCCUCUCUCUCGCUUGCUGUCUCUAUUGUCCUUUCUAGUCAUUGAUUGAAAAGUUAGGCUGGCAUACUAAAUUCAUUGCUAUCUUUAUUUCAUUUUCACCCUAUUUUUUUUUUUUCAUCUUCCUCGAAUUAUUCUUGCGCAGGAAUAUCAUACAGAAUUGAAAGUAAAAGACCAAUUCUCUCCCCACCGUAUCGUUUCAUCUCCUAGGAUUGGCCCAUUUUCUUUUUUUUCUUUUCUUCCCAUACUCCUUUGGUUUGCUUUGCGGUGCUUGUCCUACUUUGAUUGCUAGUUUAUCUUUCUCCUAUGUAUGUCUUGCUAAAGGAAAAAAACCAAGGGAAAGCGGUCGACUGGCGCUGGAUUUGUGUGUUGUAUGUUG